AUGGAUCCGACACCCACGAAACAGAGGAUCAUCUUCCCUACCCUCGACAUUGCAAAGCUGGCGACUGGUCUCAGGUACGCCCAGAGAGACAAGGAUCCAGCCAUCGCCUUCUUGAGGAUGGGACAGUUGCUCCUCGAGGGUGCCAUGCUUUACCGUCCUCUCCGGGAAGCGACCAUUGCUGCCAUGGCCGAGCUGGAUUAUGGCCACAGUGUUCUCCUCGAUGUGCAUCUCUGCCUCCUGGAUGAAUGGAGCACGGAUGCUGAUUUUGUCACUUCCAAGUCUUUUGCAUCCGCCUUCGUCGAUCUGUGCGUGAAUCCGACGGUGGCGAAGUAUCUUUCAAUAGUCCACCCGAAGGUCACUAAUUGGCCGUUGGCCGUGGACACGUUUCCGUUGAUCCAUGACAAUUCCUUCCUGAGCCGUGUGGCCAUUGAAGAAGUACUUCCGUGGCUGCAUGCUCCGGCCCACGCCCAGGUCCUCAACUCGCCCUCCAUGGAAGCCCACAUCUGGGAAGCUAUCGCUGGGGAGGCAGGUCAUCCAUCUGGCUCCGGCUUCGUGGAGGCUAACACGGAGGUGAACAAUUUGCUUGUUCUGCUGAGACCUGGCUUGCCUACUUCACUUGCUGAGCUUUGGUCCGCACUCCCGCAGGUUGAACACCACACGGUGGUAGGCCUGCGUCGCCGACUUUGGCGUGAGAACGCCCGCCCUCUACAUGCCCGGGAAAGGGGUGUUUUGCCGGAGGGGAGAUGGCCAUCUGAGAAGGAUGAGGACCUCUACUUGGUGCAAGCGAAUGAAAGCACGGAGCUGAAUAUCCCGCCGAGUUGUACUCGUCCUGGACUACUGCCUCGUCGUGGAGUCCAGCAUGCACGACGACGUCAUCAUGUACCUCGGCCAGCUCCGUUGUUUCGAGAGGCACGUCAGCCGGCGUCAUCCUCUUGCAUGGUCAAUGCCUUCUACCCGCCGGUGUCCAUGGAGGCAGAGGACGACUUAGUCAUGGAGCACAUGGAGUCAGAAGAGGGGGUCAAUGAGAUCGGCGAGUCCGCUGGUGAUGAUGGGGAAGGGCUUCUGAGUUCUCCUGUUGGUGCUGGCGUUGGUCUCAGUGAGGGUGAGCUGGAUGAUAGUUCAACUAGUUCAGCGUCCGUUGAGCUAGAGGAUGAGAGUGAUGCAGACCGCCGACGAACUG